UUUCCCUCGGCCGGUCGGAUGAAGGAGCCGUAGCUAGAGCCGCUGCAAGGCGGGGACUGGCGGAGACGGUGGCGAUCUAGCUCGCAGCGGUGCAGACAGACAGACAGGGAUGUCCUGCAGGAACGUGUUGCUGACUGGCUGCUCCUCCGGGAUCGGGCUGGCUCUGGCCGUCCGGCUGGCUAAAGAUGAGCUGAAGAGAUUCCGAGUCAUCGCCACCAUGAGGAACCUGGACAAGCGGGAGGCCUUGGAGAAGCAGGCGGGGCCAGCGCUGGACAAGACCCUGGAAAUCCGCCAGAUGGACGUGACCAGCGAGGAAUCCAUCCGGCGCUGUGUGGAGGGCAUUCCCCAGCGGAGAGUGGACGUGCUGGUGAACAACGCGGGGCUGGGCAUGAUCGGGCCGGUGGAGAGCCAGAGCGUCGCUGCCAUGAAGAGUCUCUUUGACACCAACUUCUUUGGGCUGGUACGGCUGGUGCGCGAAGUUUUCCCCGACAUGAAGCGCCGGCGCCGGGGCCACAUCGUGGUGAUGAGCAGCGUGCUGGGGCUGCAAGGCCUCAUCUUCAACGACAUCUACUCCGCCUCCAAGUUCGCUGUGGAGGGUUUCUGUGAGAGCUUGGCCCUGCAGGCGCUGAAGUUUGGCGUGAACAUCAGCCUGAUCGAACCUGGGCCGGUGGUGACCGAGUUCGAAAGGAAACUCUACGAAGAAGCCGCCUGCAUGGACCUGUCUGCCGUUGACCAGGAGACACUGGAUAUAUUCCAAGGCUUCUACAUGGCCUAUUCCAAGGAAGUCUUCACGGUGCUGGGGCAGUCGCCGGACGAGGUGGCUGAGCACACGGCCAAGGUGAUCAUGGCCGAGAAGCCGCCUUUUCGCUACCAGACCAACAGCCUCUACACACCCAUGACCACCCUGAAACACGCCGACCCCACUGGGAACCUGCCUCUGAACGCCUUCCACCAGAUGAUCUUCCAGCACGACCGGCUCUUCAAAGCCAGCCUCAGCCUCCUCAAGAUGCUGCAGUGGAGGAAGAGGAGGGACGUGUCCUAUAACAAGUCUCCUUGAGACGAAGGCACCAAUCCCCUUCCUCCUCCUCCCUGGACAACACAGGCAGCUCCAGCUAUCUAUCUUCCCCCCCCCCCCCCCC